AUGGGCCCAAGAAGAUCACAUCGGAAGUCGCGCAAUGGCUGCCCACAAUGCAAGGCACGAAAACUAAAAUGCGAUGAGCAAUACCCAUGUACAAACUGCACCAAACAUGCAAUUCAAUGCUCAUUUGUUGAGCGUGGCGUAUCAACUCCGACUGGAACUUCAUAUACUCGGUCAGAGUCAUUGGCGCCGCCUUACAUGCCGUCGCCAUUGAACAUAGAGUCAUAUCCGGCAACUCCCCCCGGGAACUCGAGAGCUCUGGGUCACGAUCAGCCUAAUGCAGAGAGUAGAUCUGGUCUACUGCAAUUUUUGGCUGACUCGCCAGGUGAAAUUCCAGCUUUGAAUACGGAUGACUGGGCAUCGGAUCUUGAACUCAUGCACCAUUACUGCACGGUGACAUGCAACGCUCUGACAAUUCGCGAAGACUCACGGCAUAUCUGGCGCGUUGUUGUCCCAGUGGAGGGAUAUUCCAAUAAAUAUCUGAUGCACGGGAUACUUGCUAUUUCUGCCCUACAUCGUGCCUAUCUCUUCCCAACCCAGAAGGAGAAGAACAUUAAGGCAUCCUCCUACCACCAAGCAGCUGCACUAAAAGAGUUUCGAGAGCUCAUUUCCUCGCCAAUCGACCCUAGCAACUGGCAGCCUGUUUUCUGCUUUGCUUCUAUGAUUACGCUAUAUAUCUGUGCCACGCGGAUCAGACUGGGUGAGGACCGUUGGCCAGCUCCGAUAUCGAAUAUGGUGGAGCUCUUUUCCGCCGUCACUGGAUUGCAAACUAUCAUGGAGCCGUGGCUACCCUCUCUUAGAAGAACCCAGCUCGCACCCAUUGUCAACUGUGUCUGGAUUGAAGAUGAAACGCUCAUUCCAAGCCCAGGGACCAUGCAGCAAUCACUGCUCCCCCCGGACAUCCAUGUUCGGAUAUCACAACUCCAUCAGUUUAUUGAUGAUUACCCAUUUCCUCAGAUCCAACAACCACAGUCCCACCAGAACUUGAGCGUGUCGGAUCAAUCACCGCGUCCUCACGAUUACCGAGCAGACUACAAGAAGUCACUGAAGUUCUUUGAGCACUCGACUCGGCAGAUAGAGCUCGCAGGACCCCACGUGGAGACUGGCAUGGUCUUACUGUGGGCAUACUCACUUUCCAAACGAUUCCGAGAUGAUAUGGAAGCAUGCCAUCCUGCAGCUCUGGUCCUGCUUGGUCAUUGGUGUGUGCUGCUGCAUACUGUUAACGAUUCUUGGCUCCUCAAAGGCACUUCAAUUCAAUUGCUAGAGGAAAUUGAGGUCAGGAUCCACCUCAGCUUCAGGGAGUGGCUGGUAUGGCCGAGGAGAUGGGUCUUUGGGAAAUGA